UUUGAGUUCGAGCGCGUUCGUCUUAAUUAUAUAUCUCUUCUGUCUAGCUUAUAAUUACCGGCAACGAACUUAUACUAUGAUUGCAAUUUUUGCUAGAUCGGUUAUCAUGACACCCAAUUGAUGCUUAAGCUUUUGUUUUAUUUAAUGCAGCUUGAGUAAUGCUAUUAGUGAGGCGGGUAGAGAUUAACAAAAUGAUUCAGUAUAUUCGUGGUAUAAAUAUCAAUGGAUUCAUCGACAGCUCUUAUUUUGUUAUGAGUUAUCAUGGUAUAUCGAGAGUUAUCAUCCAAAUUAUCAUUCAAGUAUGAUUAAGCACUAUGGAAAGUUCAGUGAUUGUGACACUGGUGUUAAUUUUCAAUAUAUUGAGUCUAAGUUAUGGCGCGAUGACAAUGAAGCAGCUUAAAAAUUCACUAGAGAUGAUGCGAAAAGCUUGUGCACCCAAAUUCCAAGUAGAUGAAGCAACACUGGAUGCCCUUAAAGCAGGAAAUUUUCCACCGGAGCCUGACAAUGAGAUAAAAUGCUAUACUGUCUGUAUAGCUCAAAUGGCAGGAACGCUUACAAAGAAAGGGGACUUAAGUUAUUCCAAAACAUUAGCCCAGAUCGAUGCUAUGCUUCCGUCCGAGCUGAAAGCGCCCGCUAAAGAAGCUUUGAAUGCUUGCAAAAAUGCACAAUCGGGCUAUAAAGAGAGCUGUGAUAAAGUUUACUACUCCGUGAAAUGCGCCGCUGAAUUCAACCCAGACGUGUUUCUAUUCCCCUAAGAUUAUGGUGGCUGAUAAAAAUGGACAAUGAUUCUGAUCGAAUGAAAUAAAUGUUAUAGACUCUCAAUUUAUCGAUUUUGUAGAUUAAUGUUUGCACAUUUCUGUCUCUACAUAACGCAAAUAUAUGCAAAUAAAUGUAAUUGUGUGUUGUAUUAAA